AUGACACUGGACUAUGUUCACGAUGCUCCCCAACCAUACGCCCUAAGUCUGCAGUGUACUAUCAACCCAACUGAUGUGCAACUCGAGGCACGCUACGACGACCAUCUUCUGCCCGAAAGACAAAUGCAGCGAGUACUACAACAAUUCCAAAACUUUUUGCGUUUACUGCUGCGAGCUCCUUUGCAGCUUAAGCCAAAUCAAAUUCCACGCGUGAGCCCAAAGGAUCGUCAAGAACUUCUGCAGUGGAACAAGAGUAUACCCACCUACGCCGAGCACCCUCUACAUGAAUUCUUCAGACGGCGUGCACCGACUAUGCCACAUGUAUCCGUGGCUCUUGAAGCGCCAGAUGGAAAGUUCACCUAUAAGCAACUGAAUGAUUUCUCCGACCGCUUGGGAGCCGAAGCCUAG